UAUGUAUAGGGAUGAAGAUGUACGUAGUUUAAUGUGAAAUCGUGCGAGAGAGCGAGUGAUCAGUAAUACAAGUGUAGUAAUAUACGAGUAAGGCGCAUGAGAAAACGUGGUAGUAUGCAAAGAGUGAUAGAUAUAAAGAGUUAAAAUUGUCGAAAGAAUGAGACGCGCGAAUCUGAUUGCGAGGAUGAUAGAGAAAGAGAAGAAGGAGAAAAGCGUUGAAAUCUUUUAGGGAGAGCAUUUUAUUAUUUAUUCUCUUACAUCGUAAACACACAAGUAGAGUCGUAGGAUCGAUUAGUAGAGUAGCAGUACGAAGAGAUGUCCGUCGCGUCUGUAUUUAGCGGUAGAUAAGCGGUUUAUAUAUAGUGUUUUUUAGAGGAUUGUUAGAUAGAUCUUUCUUUAGUACCGCGGUGGUUCCAACAAGAAUACUUUUGAUUCGUGCCAAGUGUGAUCUUCGAACGUGCUUUGAUCAAAUUCGAGGGAAGGGUUCGAGUAAACAGCGGCAUACGGCAGAUGGACGGCAAACGCACAGUGUGAAAAGCGGAAGAAGAGAAUCACGAAGAGAGUUCUAUCCUGAUAACAGUGAUACAAGUGUGUGCAAAACUAAUUCUAUUGGAAACCAGUGAAUUUGAUGUAUAAAUGUAUAAGGAUCAUGGCGAUGUUUUGACACGUUGUAUGGAGGAAAAAGGCGAUAGAUGAACGACCGUGGAUGUGAAACGGAUUACAGUGCUGAAUGAUAAAGUGAGUUUUGAAAAAAAGAAAAAAAAACAGCGCCUUCGGCGGAGCAGAGUCACUUGACGUUUCUUCAUCAGCGUCAUUGCAAGAUUCAGUAGACGUUAUCUGUUAAAUAUUAUCGUGGAUUUCAACAGAAUCGUUAUGACUUGUUGUUGAACGAAACGUUGUUGGACGUCCUUUCGUCACAUAUCGUAUUAUACAAAUAAAUCAACGUGAAUGAUGACGCUCUAAUAUCACUACAUGCCAUUGUGACCUAUUGCUUAAAUGGAUGACGAUUCAAAGUUGUGAAGAUACAAACCAGUUCUGGUACCACUAAAACAUUUCUGUUAUAAUAACAGGCACACUGCAUUUUUGCCUCAUCAAAAAUAUCGGAGGAAAUUUAAAGAAGAAUAAAUAAAUAAAUAAAUGAAACAGAAAUAUACAAAAUACAAAAAUGCUUUUCUACCAACAAAUCAAAAUCGGAUCACGUCGGAGUCAGUUGUCAAGGGUUGAACGGCAUAGCGAUAUGAUGCACAUGGACAGUCGUCGAACAAAGCCACAAUCAAACUAUGCAAUCGUUAUGUUGUUCAUUUGGAUCGCGAUUCAAAACUGGCGCCUUUUCAAGGAGACCGGCAACCAUUAGACUACCCCCGUGACAUUCGAGGUAGAGUAUGAUGGUUCCAUCGAGUAGGUAGUGCCUAGACGGGGCUCCACCCAGCACUUAGUUUACGUCGCGAUUGCGGCCCCGAACACGACCGUUUCCAGGGUACAGUCACGCCCCUGCCAUGCGAGUACUGUACUCCCAUUCGCUGGCCCAUAUCUCAUCUGGUCCAUCGCAUUAGCCUAAUCUGCCAGCAACGUGAACGGAAAAAAAAAAGGAGAAAAAGGUAAAAAAAAAAAAAAAUGCGGCCAUAUCGACGUUGCCACUGACGGGAGAAAUCGCGGCGAGGUGCUGCCACCUGGCAGGAUCGGGAGGUUGACCGGUUGUCGAAUCGAUCUCUUUUUUUUUUCCUCCCCGCAAGCAACGUUGUCUCGCUCUCAUUUCGACUAGUAGUUCGAUUUGAUUGUUCGCGUGUCGCUAGCGUUAAUAUUUUCCUGUAACAGUUUUGCAGUUUGUUGUUCGUAUCCUGUUUGCGUCGGCUAGAAACAAGAAUUUCUCCCAUGGCCGUUUGAUUCAUAAAAAGGACCAUUGGAUGAUGGUUUAUUUCAUCAUCGGAAAUCCAUUGCAGUUGACGUCACGAUGCCGAGCUGCUGACGAUGCUGUAAAUUCUGGACAGUUGCAGGAUUGGAAAAUCACGCAUGCUGGAUAUUUCGAAAGACCGGAGGAGAGAGGGAAGGAAGGGCGGAAAGAAGAAAAGGAACAAGAUUUUCUCCUAAAGUCACGUUUGCAUUCCGCACGCGACUUCUCCGGUCGAAACGAAGAACAGUCGAAGGAGAAUAAGGACGGCGAGGAAGAAGAGGAGGAUGAGGAGAAGGAAGAGGAGGAGGAGGAGAAGAAGAAGAAGAAGAAGAAGAAGAGGAAGGGAAGGCAACGGGGCACGCAGUCAACGACUACAGAGACUAUCCGAGGUGCUGGUUGACAGCAACAAAUGCCUCGGUGCAGGCAAGACGGGGAGCUCGCGCCCGGGACGCCGGUUGCAGGACCGGCUUGAGAUAUUACCAGGCAGAUGCGGUCGCGCGCUGAUCAAAGAAACGCUCCUCACUGAGAGAGAUUAAAUGGAUGCUGGUGCGCGCCGGCAACCACCACAACGUGGCUACAAAUAAUAAGUCGGGAAGAGAGAAGAGGGAGAGAGGGAGGAAGAGAGAGAGAGAGAGAGAGAGAAGGGUAGACCUCUCUCUUCGUUCGCUCGCGCGGCCACCUUCCUAACUCGGACUUGAUACAUUCCCAUCUUGCGAAGCUCCGCUCCCGUUGUGCCGGCCCCGGCUCCGUAACUCUCACCCACGUCACGUCAUAACAUCAUUACGCCCGCGAUUGGUCAUGAACGAAUGAUUGGCCGCGCGUUAUUCCAGCGUCGCGCGCGACAUGCCGAGAUGUAUCUCGACGAGAUGUCGGAUCCGAAGGCACGUGUGUAAGCCCCGAGACUUUUACCAAUCCCCGCGAUGCUUCAUCUCCGAGGAAGCUCCGAGGUUUAUCGCCGGCCGUACAAAGCGAACAUACGCUUCUAACCGGUGUGUAGUCAUCUUUCACGUUAAGGACUUUGAUUUCGUCUCGGUGUAUUAAUGCUCGUUUUAUUCCCGGAAUAUCCUCCCGUCUUUUUUUUUUUUUUUUUUUUUUUUUUUGUUGAAAAU